AGGGGGCGGGCUUGGGCCGGAGGUGGAGUCUCCCGCCAAUUGAAACCUCAGAUAUAAAUUGGACUCUCUUGCACGGCUGGAGCCCAGAUGCCUCGCCAGGCCUCCUCGAGGUUGGUGGUCGGAGAAGGCGACGGGGCCCAGGGGGCCUCGGGGCCUGCGGCCACCAUGCUCCGCUCCCUGCUGCUUCACUCCCUGAGGCUCUGCGCCCAGACAGCCUCGUGCCUCGUGCUCUUCCCGCGCUUCCUGGGCACGGCCUUCAUGCUCUGGCUCCUUGACUUCCUGUGCAUCCGCAAGCAUAUCCUGGGCCGCCGCCGCCGGGGGCAGCCCGAGCCCGAAGUGGAGCUCAACAGUGAGGGCGAGGAGGUGCCCCCCGACGACCCACCCCUCUGUGUGUCCGACGACAACCGCCUGUGUACCCUGGCGUCGCUCAAGGCGGUGUGGCAUGGCCAGAAGUUGGAUUUCUUCAAGCAGGCGCACGAGGGCGGUCCGGCACCCAACUCCGAGGUGGUCCUGCCCGACGGCUUCCAGAGCCAGCGCAUCCUCGACUACGCGCAAGGGAACCGCCCGCUGGUGCUCAAUUUCGGCAGCUGCACCUGACCACCAUUCAUGGCGCGCAUGAGCGCCUUCCGGCGCCUGGUCACCAAGUACCAGCGCGACGUCGACUUCCUCAUCAUCUACAUCGAGGAAGCGCACCCCUCCGACGGCUGGGUCACCACGGACUCCCCCUAUAUCAUCCCGCAGCACCGGAGCCUGGAGGACCGGGUCAGCGCAGCGAGGGUGCUGCAGCAAGGUGCCCCUGGCUGCGCUUUGGUCCUCGACACCAUGGCCAACUCCAGCAGCUCGGCCUAUGGCGCCUACUUCGAGCGCCUCUACGUCAUCCAGAGUGGCACCAUUAUGUACCAGGGCGGCCGUGGCCCCGACGGCUACCAGGUCUCCGAGCUGCGCACUUGGCUGGAGCAUUACGAUGAGCAGCUGCAUGGCGUUCGGCCCCGUCGUGUGUAAACAACCAACGGACAAUUGACUGAACUUGGAGGGCUGGGCCUUCGAGCAAGCCCACGUGCAAGCACCCCAAACGAAGUCAAGUUGGCGAGGCCCCAGUGACACAGAUACGUUGAGCCAGAGAUUUCGGGCUGUCUGCGCUUUCACCCACCUGAAGACUCUCCCCUGGGUCCCCACGACCCUGCUUCUAUGACUGUCUCUCACUUGUACCUACGUGGUCCAUUCAAAACCCCCUUCAGAGCGCGGAUGCAGCGAGCACCCUUGUCUGUGUGCCCCCAGGACUUGCCCCCUUAAGCACUUUCUCGCAUCUGCUCCCUAGCGCUCCAUCAGACAAGCUCCUUAGCCCUGCGCCUCUCUCUAAGCGCAGGGACCUUAGCCACACCCGCGCGCCCUGAGCGCAGCUGUGUUCCAGCAGCGCUGUCAGCUCGCUUUAGUUGCCUGGCACCCACCUGUCGCGCGCAGGGAGGGGGUACCCUGCUGUUUUCGUGUCUAUUUCUCGUCCCUGAGUUGGGGGAAGGGAUUCGGGGAUGGGGAUGUGUGGGCGGAGUAGUUUCCCCCUCCUUGUUUGGGGUGCGUACAAGCCCCACUGUUGAUGACGAAUUGUCUCUAACUGGUCUUGACCACGAGCCGGUUCUGAAUUGCAGGGGGUUCAAAGCAGCGCCUAAACCUUGAGGGGGAGAGUGCUCUGGGUUUCCCUGAGGAAACCACCAUUAAGGGGGUGGGGGAGGGAGGUCAGAGGGUCUGUUUAGGGACCAGAGGAAGAUGGCUUGAAAGGCAUUGGCGAGGUUCGCAGCGCCCCAGCGAGAGAGGAGAGUCUGGGACUCCCGAGGAAAGGUGUUUGGGUGGGGGAGUCCGGGGAAAGGGACGUGAGGGGAAUCCUAGGCAGAGCUGCUGAUUGCGGGGCCGGGGGUGGAGGGCCCCCGUUUCGAAGGCCAUUUGUUGA